CAUUGAUACAAAUCUUGAAUUUCACACACAUUUAUCAGUCGCAGUUCAUUUUGAGUAUAUGAUUGAUCGAUUGAUUCAUACGCAUUGUGUUUUUAUUUACUUACAUAUCAAGAUCCUGUUGUGCGCUAUAUAUUUCGAACCUAUAUUAACGGGUAUACUACUAUCGACUGAAGCCUCAAAAUAUGCUGCUGUUUAUUUUCGUCAUUGCAUUUUUGCUUGGUGAAGGCUGCACCUCAGCCUUAGGCACAGAUUUAGGCCCAAAGAUGCCGCUAAUCGUGAAUGGAAGUCGAACUUACUACUACGGACUGACUCAUCAAGGCACUGCAGUUCAAGCAGAAUCGUUUUGUCGCAAACACAAUAUGGAUCUGUUGAGUAUUGAAACUCAAGAGGAGCACCUUUUUCUUCAACAGAGUCUGCUAAGCUACUUGGAUCUGAACACUGCACAGCAGACGUUUAUAUGGACAUCAGGCAAAAGGGUCGAUGGUGACAGGUGGAUAUGGGAAGCUACAGGAAGACCGGUCCACUAUAAAAACUGGUGGGCAGAACAACCGGACAAUGACGGAGGGAUUGAGAACUGCUUGGAAUUGUGGUACAAACCCGAAUUUCCCGGGCAAAUUAAGUGGAACGACAUUUAUUGUAACAAUACAUCGAGAUACUUUAUUUGUGAAUAUAAUAACAAGGAUGCUAAUAUAGAUAAUGUAUAUUGAUUCAUUCAUAAACUAAUGGAUCUCCAUAUUUCUUUCUGUUUGUAUUCUGUCAAUCUUUCUUUUAUAUUUAUUUGUAUACUGUUAGAAUCUGGAUAAACUAUAGUAGAUUUUAAAGGAAUUCUAAGAACGUGAACGCUUUUAGUUUUUUUUUACAGAAAUUCAAAAUUGAGACUUACAUGUAACCCUUUGUGAGUUUAUAAAUAAAAAACUACAUGCUGCUGGCAAGUAAUGUUGAUUUUGUAAGAUUGGUACUCAUUAAGGUAAAUUAAUCAUUUGGUGGACAUACCCUUUUUUAUAACACUUUGUGUAUUACAUUUUGGAGCUUUUACUAAAAAAAUAAAAAAAU